CAAGAAAAUGGGUUUAUCGCAUUUUUCGCUCUGCGCGACUGAUGUGAGGAUUGUAACACCCUCCAUCGCCUUCCCUCUCUCUGCGCAGAGAGAUAAGCGGAGACAUGCGUGUGUAUGUUGCGCAGGAGAGAUAAGCAAGCAGGUUUUGUGGAGCGUUCAGAGAGGGUCCUGUUUCUGUCAAUUCAGGAUGAAAACAUGCGUUCCAUUUGGACUAAGAGCAGCAUGGGGGUAAUUUCAGACCAACAUAUGGGAUUUCACGCCUGGGCAACUAUUGUACCUUACUGGAGACUAUCUAAUGGAAAUUAUGUCCAAAGUGGAUGAACGGACAAAAAAACUAAUUGAGAGCACUACCUCAAAACAGUAUCGCUCCCUCUUUAUCCCGGAGAGGAAUUAUUUAUCCAAAGCUAUGCAAACACAAAAUUAGUCUUAAAUGGCUGAACUCGAAGUAUCCAAAAAUCUCAGUUUUGAGAAAGUGGAGCGAUGUAUGUGUGUGAUGCAGUCGGGGACCCAGAUGGUGAAGUUGAAGGCUGGUUCCAAGGGGCUGGUGAGACUGUUCUACCUGGACGAACAUCGCUCAUGCAUCCGAUGGAGACCCUCACGCAAGAGCGAGAGGGCCAAGAUCACCAUUGAUUCGCUGUACAAGGUGACGGAGGGCCGUCAGUCAGACAUCUUCCACCGCCAUGCGGAGGGCAGUUUCGACCCGGCCUGCUGUUUCACCAUUUACCAUGGCAACCACAUGGAGUCCCUAGACCUGGUGACCUCUAACCCUGAAGAGGCUCGUACCUGGGUGACAGGACUACGAUACCUGAUGGCUGGCAUCAGUGACGAGGACUCACUGGCCAAACGACAACGGACACAUGACCAGUGGAUGAAGCAGACGUUUGAGGAGGCUGAUAAGAACGGAGAUGGUCUGUUGAACAUGGAGGAGAUCUACCAGUUACUGCACAAGAUGAACGUCAACCUGCCCCGCAGGAAGGUCAAACACAUGUUCCAGGAAGCGGACUCAGACGACCAACAGGGCACGUUGACGUUUGAGGAGUUCAGCGUGUUCUAUAAGAUGAUGUCACUGCGGCGGGACCUGUAUCUGCUGCUCAUGGGAUACAGCGACAGGAAGGACCACCUGACGGCUGACGAGCUGGCCAACUUCAUGCGCAACGAACAGAAGAUGAUGAAUGUGACUACAGAAUACUGUCUGGAUGUCAUUGAUAAGUUUGAGCUUUCUGAAGAGAACAAACAGAAAGGCAUUCUGGGAAUUGAGGGUUUCACCAGUUUCAUGCGUAGCCCCACGUGUGAUGUGUUUAACCCUGAACACCAUGAGGUGAACCAGGACAUGGAUCAGCCUCUGAGUAGCUACUACAUCUCCUCAUCUCAUAACACCUACCUGACGGGAGACCAGCUGCUGUCUCACUCCAAGACAGACAUGUACGCCUGGGUACUACAGGCUGGCUGCCGCUGUGUGGAGGUGGACUGUUGGGAUGGUCCUGAUGGAGAGCCCAUGGUGCAGCACGGCUACACUCUGACCUCCAAGAUCACCUUCAAGUCUGUCAUAGAGACCAUCGACAAAUACGCCUUCAUCAACAACCGGUACCCAGUGAUCCUGUCCAUAGAGAACCACUGUUGCAUCCAACAACAGAAGAAGAUAGCCCAGUACCUCAGAAAGAUCCUGGGAGACAAGCUGGACCUGGGAGAGACUUUCCACAGAGACUCUAAACAGCUACCCAGCCCCCACUGUCUACAGGGAAAGAUCCUCAUCAAGGGGAAGCGGCUCCCUCUGUACCUGGCUAUAGACGUUGAGGAGGGGGAGGUGUCAGAUGAUGACAGUGCUGAUGAGAUUGAGGACGACUUUAAACUGAAGAACAGCAAUAGUAAUGGUAACCAUCAAGUAGAAAGUUACAUCAGGAAGAAGCUGGACUGUCUUUUGAAGGAGUCUCAGAUCGGAGACAAGGAGGACACAGACAGCUUCAGCAUCAGAGCAUUGCUCAGAGCCACACACGUAGGCCUGCAGAAGAACCUGACGAAUCACAAAGAGGGACUUAAAAAAUCCCAAAGUCGAUCCUUCAUCAGCAACCUAAAGCAAAAGAGACACUCCAAGUCCAGGCUGAAGUCCCAGAGUAUGGAUGGAGAACAGGAAGGACAGGAGACCUCUGGGAGAGAGGCGGGAGGACAUAUCACCAGGUCAGGGAGAGGAAAGAGGAAGACGAUUAAGCUGAGUAGAGAUCUGUCAGACCUGGUGGUGUUCACUAACUCUGUGGCCUCUCCGGAGGGACUGGACGACUGUACUCCGGGGAAUGUUCUGUCGUUCAGUGAGACUCGUGCCCAGCAGCUAGUGAACCACAGAGCUGAGCGCUUCCUGUGUUUCAACCAGCGACAGCUGUCUAGAAUCUACCCCUCAGCCUACCGUAUAGACUCGUCCAACUUCAACCCUCAGCUCUACUGGAAUGUGGGCUGUCAGCUGGUGGCUCUGAACUACCAGACAGAGGGUCGGAUGAUGCAGCUGAACAGAGCCAAGUUCAUGGUGAACGGUGGCUGUGGCUACGCCCUCAAACCUCCACCCAUGUGUAAAGGCUCGUUCAACCCGUUCUGUGAUGACCCCCUCCCUGCCUAUCCCAACAAACAGCUGGUACUGAAGAUCAUCAGUGGACAGCAGCUUCCCAAACCACCAGACUCUAUGCUGGGGGACCGAGGAGAGAUCAUUGACCCGUUUGUAGAGGUGGAGAUCAUCGGCCUGCCAGUGGACUGCUGCAAGGGGCAGACACGAGUAGUGGAUGACAAUGGUUUUAACCCCGUGUGGGAGGAGAACCUGUCCUUUACCCUCCACAUGGCGGAGGUGGCUCUGGUGCGUUUCCUCGUCUGGGACCAUGACCCCAUUGGACGGGACUUUGUAGGCCAGAGGACCGUAGCCUUCGGCAGCCUGAUGCCAGGUUAUAGACAUGUGUACUUGGAGGGGUUGACUGAGGCGUCUAUCUUUAUCCACGUAUCAGUUCAUGACAUCUAUGGGAAGUGGAGUCCACUAGUCCUGAACCCCAGCUUUACCAUAAUGCACUUUCUAGGAGCCAACAAGGGUCGUCAGCUGCGAGGCAUCAGAGGCUUGUUCAACAGGUCCUCUAAGUCGUCAGUAGACACCAGCUGUGGUUCGGCCAUCAGGAAACGCUCCAUCAGCGACCUCCUCCUCCGACGCACCGCCAGCGCCCCCACCAACCGACGCAAGAAAUCCAAGAUGAAGCUCGCUGAGUCCUCCACCUCAAUAUCAGACCGCAAGGCCUCCAUAUCAGACGGCAAGGACAGAGUGGGGGCCGGGGAAGGGUCUGGGAGGGUCUGGGAGGGGUCCAAGGACAGUGAAAGGGACAGAGAGAGGGUAAUGGUGGAGAAGAGCCCCCCACCUCACGCCCCCGUCUCCCACAGACCCAUCUCCAUGCCUCUGGAGAGGCUACUGCAGGGACAGCUCUCCCUCUGCUCCCCCGACCAGGAGCAGACUGACCUGGGUGCAGACACACUCAUCGGAACAUCCCCCUUUGAUCGGCCCAGGUCCCACUCUGUGGAACUCCUCAUCGAAUCAUCCGCCUCCCUUGAACACAGUGUGUCCACCCCUUCCACCAAUCACAACAACACGCGGGAUAGGACCACAGAGCUUGACCAAUUAGACGAGACCUCCUACCUGGUCAUUGGCCAAGGAGGAGGAAGUGUAAAUGGUGACUCCAGAGAGCAAUUAAAGGACAGAGUCAACCCACCCAUCAAAGCUGAGGGCAUUUCCUCUCGCCAAAGGACGUUGUGUUACCUAAGCAGGUCAACAAAGACAGAGAGCAACUGUUUACACGUACCUACUGAGAGCAGACCAGAGACAACAUUACAUAGUACAACAAACACGCCAGCACCUUCCUCCUCUUCUUCUUCCUUUGUCCCCUCUUCCUCUGUGCCCCCCCUCUCCCCACCCAACGUGGACCGGUCCGAUCUUCAGAGCCCCGUCUCCCGGCAGGACAGCACCAUCUCGCGACUCAUUGAUGCCGUAUCCCUCGGCAACGACACCAGCUGCGGCUCGAUCUCCGCUCUGAUUGGCCAGUUUGACCUCACCGCUGACCAGAAUGACCUCACAACGAACUCUGACCCCCACGUCCUCAGUGUCAUGUCCUGUCUGUUCCAUCCCACUGUCCAGGACUCCAGCACACCCUAUAAGGUCACAGUGGACUGUACCACCCCAUAUAAAGACCCACAGACCACCACCUCCCCCCGCAAGGCAACGAACGGACCUAUCACUCCUCGAAAGGCAAGCCAGACCCCAAACCAAGCAAAUCACAACCUACUCCCACCCCACCCCAAGACCUCCCACGCAGACCCCCCUGCCCCCCUUCUCUUCUCCAGUCCUGAGACCACGGAGCUGGAGGAGGUCUAUACCAUCCUGGAUGAGGAGGUCUUGUCUCCAGUCUCUGUCUACAACCUGAGGGAGCAGACCGUAGGCAACAUCCAGGCUGACUCUGAGGAGAGCACACCCAUGGGCAGCCUGGAGCCAUCCCCAACCAAGGUGCCUCCUCGCCUGGGGGCAGAGGACAGCUGGGUGGGCUCACGGAGGGGUGUAGUGGAGGUGGAGGAGCCAGGGCAGGGCUAUGGGGGUGUCAGUGAUCCUACAGAGCUGGGGUCAGGGGGGGAGUGGGGGUCGUCAUGGGGUUACAGGUGCCCAUCUGUCAACAGCACAGUGUCUGACCGGUUGCUGUUGUGCCAGGAUUCAGCAGGAAGUCAUCUGAUGGAGGUGGAGAUUAACGUGGACGAGGAUCCACUGGAGAUUACCCUCACUUUACCGAGACACAACUGCACCUGGGUCGCUACCAGCCCAACCAAACAAUACGCUGCUCCCCAUAGCCAGUUUAACCAACUAAACCCCUCUCACCGGUACGCACCCCAACUCUCCCAGUGUCCUUCCCCCCUCGUACAAUCCUCACACCAGCCCUCCCCUCGCAACACCCCAUCAAUAACCCCUCAAACCCAGCCCUCCCUCUUCGAAAGGCCCCCCAACCCCAGCACCCUCCGCCUGAACAGCCACCCCUCCACCCACAGCAGGGCUGAGCUCUCCUUUGAGAACAGCAGAGACAUUACCAGAGCCUACACCCAGCAGCACAGCUACAGUGGACCCACCCAGGCCCAGAUCAGGGGCUACCAGGGUGGGCACACCCAGCCACAGACCAGGGGCUACCAGGGUGGGCACACCCAGCUACAGAUCAAGGGCUACCAGGAUGGGCACACCCAGGACCAGACCAGGGGCUACCAGGGUGGGACAGGGGAAGGUCAGGAUCAGGGUGAAGCAUCAACCUGCUUCCAGAAUGGGUUGUCCUCCUCUGAGUGUCUGACUGGUCUGUCUAGUAUGUCUGGUUCAAGGUAUGUUAGCUUCCCAAGAGACCGAGGCCUGUACUCCCCUAUCUCAGACUGUGAUGUGGCCUACAGCCAUCUAGACUACAACUGCUUCAGGCCCUCCGCUGCCUCGGCAUCCCCCUACACCCAUCUGCAACCCCAGCCCCAAUCAAAUACCCAGCCUCUACCCCAGACCCAACCCCAAUCACACACCCAACCCCAGCCCCAAUCAAAUACCCAGCCUCUACCCCAGGCCCAACCCCAAUCACACACCCAACCCCGACCCCAAUCACACACCCAGGCCCAGCUCCAGUUCCAACUCCGUUCUGGCCCCCCUCCGCUGCCCCUCUCGGGCCCCACCCUUGCCCCUCUUCUACCUAUCCCCAGACCACCCACAGCCCCCAGCCCCUGCAAGUCCAAGUCUCUGGGUGACCUGACAUCAGAGGACAUCUCCUGCAACUUCCACAGCAAGUACAACAUCAUCAGCCGCAGCUUCAUCACCCCCUGUAUGAAGGAGCGGAGGAGGAUGAGGGGCCUGGGGGGUCUGUCCCAACGGCUGCAGUCUGCAGACCCCCUCACUGAGCAGCUCCGCAAACUAGUCAACCUGGAGGGGGAUGACAGAGACCGGGACAGACUCCAGUCUCCCCAGCUGCCCCAGUUACCUCAGUUAACCCUCAAACCUUUCAUUCCCCCAACACGCCCCUGCCCCCCCUCAAACUUUGUCCCUGAUGCCCAGGAGGACUCCCCCCCGCUCCUCUCCCGCCGCCUUUCCUCUCGGAGCCAGAGCCGUGUGCGUCACAUCAACAAUCGCGCUCGAGAGAGGCAACAGGAGGCUCUGAAGUCCCGGGACAUGAGCGCCCCCUCCAGCGUGGGAGGGGUAGUGCUGCGUACUAAAGUAGCAGCAGGUCAGAACCCCCCAGCUAACAGACACUCCACAGGCUCUUACAUAGCGGGCUACCUGGACCAGCUGGAGGACAGGGGGCUGCCUGAGGGGGCGUGCAACACAUUGGGGUACGGAUACGGAGAUCACUAUGGUGAUCAUUAUCAUGAUGACUCUCUGCUGCCCACAGACUCCUGUAUAAGAUCAGAACCGGAAGUCUACUUCCUGCUCAGACUCUGA